GUUAUUAAACAUGGGCAACUCACCGAGUGCCGUGAUACGAUGCGAACCGUCAUUGACGACGGGGACUACAAUGAUUGACAUCGGUGGAGAUGGAGGCGUUCCAUUUGCUUUCCAUGGCCUCCACAAUGGCGCCACCCUCAAGAAGAUAGGAGUGGCAGUGGGUGGCUGGCAGAUCAAAGCUGUGCGGGCAGAACUGACCGACGGGCGUGUGGGGACCUUUGGACGGUCAGGCACUUUUCACAAAGAGUUUACGUUCAGCCCGAGCGAGCGCAUCACCGAGCUGUCCCUGUGGGGGAACGGUGUCGGGACACGUCUGGGUGGCAUCAGGUUCUGGACGAGUUCUGGAAACAAGUUCGAGGCCUACAUGAAUGACUGGGGCCUGAAGACCGAGUACUCUAUUGAUGUGGGGUCUGGAGUCUGCCUGGGGUUGGAGGGGAGAUUUGGUCAUGACAUCGACAAAAUGGGAUUCCGCUUCAUAAAUGCCAUCCAGUCGUCUGUUCUAACCGACAUGACCUAUCCCAGCCUGGCCGUGUACACACCCCAGGCAAACAAAGAAUGCAUAAAAACGGUGUCAUAUCACAAUGGCAGUACUGUGGCUCAAGAGCAUAAAUGUGCGUACAGCAGAUCUGUGACCAAGUCUACCACCUGGAGCACCACCACUAAGAUUGAGUCCGCCGUCAGCAUGUCUGUUAAAUCAGACAUCCUGGGAAUGGUGCAGGUGUCUGGUGGGUUUAGCGUGACCAGGGGAGCGGAGCAGACCUCCUCAAUGACCGCCUCUGAGACCAUAACCGAAUCAGAUGAGUUCACUGUGACGGUCCCGGCACGAAAGACCUUGACAGUUGAGGUGUCAGUGGGACGAGCAGUCAUCGACCUCCCCUACUCGGCCACAGUGAAGAUCACAUGCCUGAAUGGCUGCGAGCUGCAGUUCCAAACCACCGGCCGCUACAAUGGUGUGGCUUACACUGCAGUGGUAGCAAAAGUCACUGAGUCCAAAUAUGUGAAGGAUGUCAAAUAAGAUGCAUCAACAUCUUACUGUGCACAGUUUUAAUAUUAAUUGCUUAACAUUGGUUUGAUUGCUAAUGUAGAGUGACUGUCACAGAUAAAUAAAUCCUCAUCAUAAACCUG